AUGUCGAAGUCGAAGGCCGAUGCUGGCGCCAAUGGCAUUCCCAAUCAUGCCAAAGGCGUGGUGGAUUCCGCUGGUGAGAAGAAGCCCAUGAGGGAAGAGCUGGAGCACCUUUUUCAGCAGUAUCCGAACCUCCGUGCUAAGCUCAAGAACAUUUAUGAGCAGACUUUGCAUCCCGACUCAAGGCCGAAUACCACUGGGCGGUCGCGUUUCAACGCCAGGUGGACGGAGGAAAAAGGAUUCGAGGAAGGGCUCAGAAAUCUCAAGGUCAAACUUGAGUCUGACUCAGCAGACCAGGACGAUCUUAAAGCAUUCGUUGCUUUCGUUACCAACAAUUCUCCCUCCGGGUGA